GUCGCGGCCGGAUGACGUCGCACAAUGGCCGGCCCCCGCGGGUAGUGGAGCCCGUUUGUUCCGCCCGCGUCGCGCCUGAAGCCGGAGCCCGUGAGGAGCGGAAGGGCCGAGGGACGUCCUGCCCGCGCCGCCCCGACCCCAGCGGAGCCGUGGCCCCCUCCCCGCCCUCGCGCUGAGAACCGUGGGUACCCAUGGAUGUGGCCGAGAGCCCUGAACAGAAUCCUCGCUCCCCAGAGGAUGAAGAGGAACAGCCGGCACUUUCUGACGAUGACAUUCUAAGGGAAAGUGGGUCUGAUCAGGAUUUGGAUGGAGCUGCGGGAAGGGCUUCCGAUUUAGAGGAUGAGGAGAACACAGCCAGAGUGCCACGUCAGGAGGAGGAGAACCGCUCUGAUGAGGAGGACCAAGCCAGUGAGCCCAAGUCCCAGGAUCAGGACUCUGAGGCACAUGAGCUGAACAGGGGUCCAGCAGGCUCCCCGUGUGAGGAGGAAGCAGAUGAUGGUGAGGAGGACCGUGCAAGUGACCUCAGGGAUGAGGCCUCCUCUGUGACCAGGGAGCUGGACGAGCAUGAGUUAGACUAUGAUGAGGAGGUCCCUGAGGAGCCGGCUCCUGCUGCCCCAGAGGAUGAGGCCGAGAAGGCUGGGGCCGAGGAGGACGAGAAGGGCGAAGGUGCUCCUGCAGAGGAGGGAAAGCCUGAAGUCCAGAGUGUGGGGGAAAGGGAGCCCCCAGAGGCUGCCAAGGAGAAAAAAAAAGAGGACGAUGAUGGAGAGAUCGAUGACGGGGAGAUAGACGAUGAUGAUCUGGAAGAAGGUGAAGUGAAGGACCCCAGUGACAGGAAGGUGAGGCCUCGCCCCACCUGCCGAUUCUUCAUGAAAGAUGUUGUGACACCAUUAUCCACUCUUCUUCCACCAAUACCAAAUUCCAUACCACUCAGAGGCCAGGUUAAAGGGAACUGUACCUGGGGAAUGAAUUGUAGGUUUAUACACCCUGGAGUGAACGACAAGGGGAACUACUCCCUAAUCACCAAAGCCGACCCUUUCCCGCCUAACGGUGCCCCGCCUCUCGGACCUCACCCAUUGAUGCCUGCCAACCCUUGGGGUGGGCCAGUAGUUGAUGAAAUUUUACCUCCGCCCCCUCCAGAACCUCCAACAGAGAGCGCCUGGGAGCGAGGACUCCGGCAUGCCAAGGAGGUUUUAAAAAAAGCAACCAUUCGAAAAGAACAGGAGCCUGAUUUUGAAGAGAAAAGGUUCACGGUGACCAUUGGUGAAGAUGAACGCGAGUUUGACAAAGAAAAUGAAGUUUUCCGAGAUUGGAAUUCUCGGGUCCCAAGAGAUGUCAGAGAUACAGCACUGGAGCCUUAUGCGGACCCUUACUAUGAUUAUGAAAUAGAGCGCUUUUGGCGUGGUGGACAGUACGAGAAUUUCAGGGUGCAAUAUACAGAAACAGAGCCGUAUCAUAAUUACCGAGAAAGGGAAAGGGAACGAGAGCGAGAGAACAGACAGCGAGAGCGCGAGCGGGAACGGGAGCGUGACCGAGAGCGCGAGCGUCGGCAGAGGGAGCGCGAGCGGGAACGGGAGCGCGAGCGGGACAAGGAGCGGCAGAGGAGGAAGGAGGAGUGGGAGCGAGAGCGAGCCAAGCGCGACGAGAAGGACAGACAGCACCGAGACCGGGACAGGGACAAGGAGCGGGAGAAGGAGAAGGAGAAGCCGAAGCCCCGCUCCCCACAGCCACCAAGCCGUCAAGCUGAGCCACCAAAGAAGGAGGCCACCUCUGUGGGGCCACAGGUGAAGCGAGCAGAUGAGUGGAAGGACCCUUGGCGUCGGUCCAAGUCUCCCAAAAAGAAGCUCGGGGUGUCAGUCUCCCCCAGCCGGGCACGAAGGCGUCGAAAAACCUCGGCCUCAUCCGCAUCUGCCUCCAACUCCUCCAGGUCGUCCUCACGGUCAUCGUCCUACUCGGGCUCUGGCUCAUCACGGUCUCGGUCCCGGUCCUCAUCCUACAGCUCCUACUCCAGCCGUUCUUCCAGACACAGCUCCUUCUCAGGCAGCCGGUCCAGGUCCCGGUCCUUCUCCUCGUCGCCGUCCCCAUCUCCCACGCCUUCCCCACACAGACCUCCCAUCAGAACCAAGGGGGAGCCGGCGCCACCCCCAGGGAAGACAGGAGAGAAGUCAGUGAAGAAGCCAGUUCCACCCCCCAUCCCACCACAAGCCACCAAAACCACUGCUCCUGCCCCCGAGCCUGCCAAGCCAGGAGACCCCCGGGAAGCCAGGAGGAAGGAGCGACAAGCCAGGACACCCCCCCGGAGGCGGACGCUCAGCGGCAGCGGCAGCGGCAGCGGCAGCAGCUACAGCGGUUCCAGUUCCCGAUCCAGGUCUCUGAGUGUGAGCAGCGUCUCCUCAGUGUCCAGCGCCACCUCCAGCAGCAGCUCGGUGCACAGUGUGGACUCAGAGGACAUGUAUGCAGACCUGGCCAGCCCUGUAUCCUCAGCCAGCUCUCGGUCCCCCACCCCAGCCCAGACCAAGAAGGAGAGAGGAAAAUCGAAGAAGGAAGACAGUGUUAAGGAAGAAAAGCGGAAAAGGGAAGCGUCCAUGCAGCCGCCCAAGUCCUCGAAGCCUCCAGCAGGUGGGAAGUCCUCCCAGCAGCCCUCAGCGCCUCAGCAGGCAGUCCCCGGGCAGCCGCAGCAGGGCUCCUUCGUUGCCCACAAGGAGAUCAAGCUGACGCUGCUGAAUAAGGCGGCUGAUAAAGGAAGCAGGAAGCGGUAUGAGCCGACAGACAAGGACAGACAGAGUCCGCCAGCCAAGAGGGCCAACUUAUCCCCAGACCGAGGUUCUCGGGACCGGAAGUCAGGCGGGAGGCUGAGCUCCCCAAAGCCAGAGCGGCAGCGAGGCCAGAACUCCAAAGCCCCCCCGGCCCCCACAGACAGGAAGCGCCAGCUGUCACCCCAGUCCAAGAGCUCCAGCAAGGUGACCAGUGUGCCCGGCAAGGCCACGGACACAGCUGCAGCCAGCACCAAGUCCGGGAAGGCCAGCACGCUGUCCCGGCGGGAGGAGCUCCUGAAGCAGCUCAAGGCGGUAGAGGACGCCAUUGCUCGCAAGCGGGCCAAGAUCCCCGGGAAGGUGUAGGAGCCGGCUUGCUCCCUGGAGUGACUCGUGUUUUUAUACAAUAGGGUAAGCGCAGCCAUUUUGGAUUUUGCAGUUAAUGUCUUAUUUUGGCUGUGAUUCUUUUUAAAAAUUAAAAAAGAAUAAAAAAAAGUUUCUCAGCUGGAAAAGAAGCCACACACAAAAUGAAGAAGAUGCUGAGCCCCAGCUCCCCCACCACACCGAAUCAGUCCCUCCCCAGAGCAGAAGUCCCACCAGACAGACAGACAGACAGACAGGGCAGCGCCCAGACGAGGCAUGGUUUUAUGUAAAUUAUAAGUCCCAGCCGCGGCCCAGCUGUGACUCUUCCGGCCUGGGCUCCACCUCCUGGAGGCCGCCUCACCUGCCCGGACCAGACGGCGAGCGCCUGGUGAAGCACCGCAGCAUCUUCCUUCCCCGCCGCCCGGAUCAGAAGUAUAUAUAUAUUCUUGACUGGAGUCUGAUUGGGAAAGGUUUCCUGUCUUAUUUGAAGCAUCAAUUUGUUUUAGUUGAU